UUUACUGUCAAGUCAACUGUCUUUGUCAUCAAGCGCAAGUCAGAAAGUUUGUGGAUGCUUAUUCUAUUUGUUUUCGUAUUCCAAAAGGGUAUUUCCUUAAUAAGCAAUAAUGACGACUUCGAUAGGAAUGGGGUCCAACAUGCCUAACAUAGGUUCUUUAAGCCAAGGUUCUAUUCAGUACGUGAACAAUCCUCUGCAAAGCCCUCAGCUGCAGGCUGCUUCGCUUCAAGGCUCACCUUCACAGCACAGUCCUAUGGGCACACAGGCUCAAGUAGGCAAUAAAGCUGGCCAGGGUGGUGGAGGAGACCAGACAGCACAGCUCCUAAGUCGCCCUCGUCUCCAAGAGCUGGUCCGAGAAGUAGACCCAACAGUACAAUUAGAUGAAGAAGUUGAAGAAAUGCUCCUGCAGUUAGCUGAUGACUUCAUAGACACAACAUUGAAUGCAGCCUGUGCUAUGGCCAAACACAGACAUGCUCCCAGUGUCGAGUUAAGAGAUGUACAAAUGCAUUUGGAACGACAAUGGAACAUGUGGAUCCCAGGAUUCGGCAACGAUGAACUCCGACCAUACAAGCGGGCAGCAGUCACGGAAGCUCACAGACAACGAAUGGCACUCAUAAGAAAGACUAUCAAAAAAUACUGAUGUUUACCUCUCUUCAUAAAAGUGUAAAAAUAGGAUAAGCUUAGACCUUACUUGAUAAAAUAAUUAUAGGUUAAAGUAUUAUUAAAAAGAUGGAUUUUUGCA